AUGUGGACCACUGCUGGGGCUUCCCUUGCCGGCGUGUCAAUCGCCUUUGGGGCGAUGUCACUCAUUGCGGUGUUGCUGAGGACUUAUGUUCGAAUAUUCUUUGUGAAAGCAUUCGGGGUGGAUGAUUAUCUCAUGGUCGUGGCUCUGUUGACUUGCAUAUGGUACACAACAGGUGGAGUGCUGGCUGUACAUUUUGGAAUUGGAUCGCCAAUGGUUACUCUCUCGCCAGAGAAUCUGAUGCAAAUAUUCAAGGUAUUUUGGAACUGCUAUCUCGCGUUCUGUCUAUCUGCGACGCUUGCAAAGAUAUCCAUUGGGUUCUUCCUCCUCCGUAUCACUGUCUACAAGUAUCACGGAUCAUACUCUGGGCCACUAUGACAUUUACCGGCCUGAUAGGAACAGCUGUCUUGUUCAUUACGUGUUUUCAAUGUUCGCCGGUAAGUUACUUCUGGAAUAGAAUGCUACCCGGACACUUGAACGGAGGAACCUGUCUACCAAACAAGACUAUUGCCAACGUCUCAUAUCUUUACGCCGCCACUUCAGCCACUUGCGACAUCAUCUUCUGUGUUAUCGCUAUAGCACUCGUGUGUAAACUCAAGAUGAAGCGCAAGGCGAAGGUGUCACUCAUACCUAUUCUAUGUCUGGGAGCUGUUGCUAGUAUCGCCGCAAUCGUUCGCAUACCAUACAUCAAGGGUGUAUAUGCCCCAGAUUUCACAGGUAAAUGCUCAAUCACUUUUAUCUUGGCGAUACCCCAUCACUCAUUGCUCUCUGGUUGGCACGGUAAACUUUGCCAUCUGGGCUCUCAUCGAACCCGGACUCGCCAUCACAUCGGGGAGCCUCACCACACUACGCCCAUUGUUACGUCAAUUCAGCAUCUGGAAAACAACCCGCGGUGCCUCAGACCGCACGCCGAACACAACUAAAUCACUAGAUAAGAGCACUAGAAGAGCGGCAUUUGGCUGGUCGAAAUUGUCCGUCCCAGCAAGAGAUGCAGAGAGCGGUGGGAUGUCGCUUGAGGACCGCAACAGUAGUGUAGGCAAUAGCAUGGGCUCCACGAUCGAUGAUAAAGGUCGCUGGCGCGUCCAGGUGCAGCAGGAUUUUCAAAUCACCGAUACGACAAGUGACGAGAUAGCCUUGACACAUGAGACCCCGACGGACCCCGAUACCGAGCAGUGGAAGUGAUCGGACCAACAGUUCUGAGUCGGCAUCCUUUUAACCCAAAUCCAGUCUAUCCUUACUGUUUAAUGUAUGAGCGUAGACCUUUAACCGGUCGCGUCCGCUUAUCCACUCAAAACAGAGCUAUUGAUCGC